AUGUCAAAAAGAUAUCUUAAUGUUGAAUACGCUGGAACAAGAACCAGAAUCGACAUUACUGACUUUGAAGACCUGAGUGACGCUCAGGAUGCCAUCAAGGCAAAGUAUGGCCCUGCUAUGGCUGACAUUGGUGCUCCUCAACUCCAGCUCUACGACCAACAAGGCCAGCUUAUCGCAGACCUAGAUGACAUAGCAAUUGAAAACACUCCUCAGUACUACAAAAAACGUACUCGAGGAGGCUCCUGUGUUGUUAUUGGUGUUUUACCUUUACCUCCAAGACAACCUACUCAAACUGACCUAGAUUCAGCAUCUGCUGCAGCCUCGACCUCUCACUUACCAGCAGAGGAAGGCUCCUCUCACAAACGACAACGUACCGAGCCUGAAUCUGAAUCUGAGCCCGAUAAUUUGACAGCCCGACUAAAGUCGUUUGCAAAUGCCCAGCUGGUCGAUGAAUGCAUACAGUCGACAGAUCAUGUCUUUUUCCCAUACACCCAAGACAAGAUCCAAAAGCUAUAUGUUAGAGAGUGCUAUAAAGAUGUGUUUGAAUUGCUCUUGAAACACAUUAGUCCUAGCAUGGAAUCAUUUGCAAUAUCUGGGACGCCGGGCAUUGGAAAGUCGCUAUUCUUUGUCUACAUUUUGUACCGCCUGAUGGAUGACUUUGCCGAGAAAACUCUGUCUCUAAAGCCAAACCGAAUUGUUUAUCAAAUGGGCUCUACGUACAAAUGCUUUGACUUGCAACAACAACUCGUCACCAGGACCACGGAGUUUGAUGCGGAGGAAUUGGUUUGGAAACAAGAUACAUUCUACGUUAUUGAUGGACGAACGUCUGAACCGCUCGCUUCGUCUUGUAUUGUAUUGUUCAUUUCAUCCCCCCGUUCGGAAUGGUACAAGGAAUUUGUGAAGCAGAAGAUGGCCAAGGAAUGGUAUUUUCCUGUUUGGACUUUGGACGAGUUACAGACUUGUCGGCUCCAUUGCUAUCCGGGUUUAAAAAUCGAAAUGCUUCAAGAAAGGCAUCGUAUCUGUGGUGGAGUCGCUCGCUUUGUAUUUCACAAUGAUUAUUCUAUUCCAGUGCCAAAGAAAAUGCUAAGUGCUUUGGCUGACGUCAAUGCUGCUGUCGGGGUCAAAUAUGUCGGAGAGACAACAGACAUAUUUCCAGCAUCACAUACGCUGCUGCAAAUACUGGUGGGAGAUGAUGAGUUUGGGAAUACUUACCAGUUUACCGACUUGGAUGUGGCAUCAGAGUAUGUUGGAGAACAACUCUGGCAACUUCGUUCUUCUCAAAUGAUUACCAAUCUACAGGAAAUGUUUGGUGGUGCUCCCAACGAGAUUUCCAGGCAUUUGUUUGAGAUAUACGGACAUGUGGUUUUUUCUACUGGUAGGAAAACUCUUAAAUGCAGAUGCCUGGAAGAUGGUAAAGCGACAAAGAUCACUUUGGAUGCUCUCAAUAGUCAACGAACUACAUUUGGAAAAAAUACUAUCCCUACUGCUGCAGCACUUAAUGGCAACUAUUACGAACCAACAGAUGACGAUAAUUUUCCAGCAAUUGAUUCACUCAGUCAACAGGGAAUGUUUCAAUUUACAGUUGCUGCUGAACAUCCUAUUCGCGGAGUUGAUAUUCUUACACAACUGUGCAAUUUGUAUGAUGAACCCAAACUCUACUUUGUGGUUCCACCUCAUCGGUUUGAAAAGUUCAAAAAGCAGACUUUCAAAGAAAAGAAAGGCACAGAGCAGGUACGACCCAUUCCUGGAUUGAAACAAUACGUUAUAAAACUCCCUAUAACGCAAUCAGAUUUGAAGAGUAGAAAGUGGUAGUUGUAUUUUACAACUGAAAUGGCAUAUUUUCAACCAUUCCAAUUAUUUGAUAAUUCAAUGUUAAUAAAACUGGCAUUAUACAAUUGUGUACAUUCAAGG